UUUGAGAGAAAGCGUGCCGGCGGAACGAGCGCCUCGGAGGAGCCUCCGGCAUCAUGGAGCCUCGCAAUGCAGACACCCGGCGGCGGCGGACCCCCGCGCGGCAACUUUUCGGAUCUAUUUCGUGCACUCGCUGUGAAUGAAGCGUCCCACUUGUAAGCAGUGUGACGGACCCGACAGCGCAAAAAUGUUUUACGGUUCUUCCUCCGGGGCCAGCAUGUCCCUGCCCUCCAAGAGCCGACUAAAACGCCAGAGCAGGACCUUUACGCAGGUCCUGUACCGCACGUUGAGCUACCGCGACCGCGUCCCGGCCGAAGCGGGAACCAACGCCCGCUGCGACCGGCGCUCGGCGACCGAGGCCCCGGAGCGACCGGAGGACGACCCGGCCGAGCUCUCCACCCAAAGCUCGGCGCCGGGCGUCCUGAAGAUCUUCGGCGACGAGAUCUGCGCCGGCGCCAACUACAAGAGCGUCCUGGCCACGCCGCGCUCCAGCGCUCAGGAGCUGGUCAAGGAGGCGCUGGAGCGCUACUCGCUCAACAAGGACGCCGCCCACUCCUACGUGCUUUGCGACGUGAUUGGGCGCCUGGAGGGGGUCGGCGGCGCCUGGCGCACCGAAUGCCUGCGGGCGCUCGGCGACAACGAGAAGCCGCUGCUGCUGCAGGAGCUGUGGAAGCCUCGAGAAGGACACGCGCGACGCUUCGAGCUACGCAGGAGAGCCGAGGUGGAUGAACUCAACGCCAAGGAGAAGGACACCAUCACGGCUGGGCCCAAAGCCCCCCACUUCCUGGUGGCUCUAAUGGGUCGCAUGCACAGGAGCUCCCCUCUGCGGUCGGCUCGGGCGGCCCAGUCGGGCUCCAAAGACAUCAACGCUCAGGCCCGCAAGCUGCAGAGGAACCGGGCCAAGGGGGCUUUGACCUUGCCUCGCUCCGGCAACUCGUCGCUGUGUCGCAGUCUCAGCGAGACCAGUCUCAACCAGUUGUCGGCGGGCGAGGAGCCCAAGCGCUACUACUCCACCCUUCCGGGGCCCUACCGGGGCCGAGAGGUGGCGGCGUCCGGCGGGCAGGGCGGAGUGCGCCACUCGCUCUACCAGUCGCCGCAUCUCCUGUUGCUUCAGGGGUACAACAAACAAGACUGCCUGGUGUACCUGUUGAACCGCGAGCAGCACACGGUGGGCCAGGAGACGCCGUCGGCUCGCCCCAACAUCUGCCUCUUCUCGCCCGACGUCCUGCCGCUGCACUGCCGGCUGCGCCGCGUUGCCGCCCCGCGCCGCCACGCUAAGGCGGACCGGCCCGAGACGGAGGCCCCGCACCCGUCCUGCGUGGCGGUGGAGCCCGUCCUCGACGCCACCGUGCUGGUCAACUUUUCCCGCUGCGAGCGCUCCACCGCGCUGCGCCACGGCGACCUGCUCUCCUUCGGCGCGCACUACAUCUUCCUGUACAAGGACCCCACGGGCGCCAAGCCUCUGCCCGCCCAGACCCUGGCGCGCCUCCGUAGCCUGGGCCAGCUCUACGAGGGCGGGGCGGAGGACGCCGGCACGUGCGAGCUGUGCGGAUCGGCGCUCAAAGACGGGCCGGCCGCGCGGCGGGGCCUCGGACCGCGCCCCAUCAAAGCCCGCGGCGGCGGGACGGCGGCGGCGGCGGCGAGAGGAGGACAGAAGAGGAAGCUGCAGUUGGAGUUUGAGCCGGCUCACGAAGACCAGCUGCUCGACCGCAUCAUGUCGCUCAUCGAGCCUGGAGGCGACGACCACAAGCUGACGCCGGCAUACCUUUUGUGUUUGUGCAUCCAACACUCGGCUUCCACGUUCCCGCCGGGAAGCUUCGGGAAACUGCUGCUCAAGAUCGUCCGCCGGAUCCAAAGCGUGGCCUGGGAGAAGACGAAGGAGUUAGCUCAGAAGCAAGCUCAGCAUCAGGACCCGGCGUCGCUAUCGCUGCUCAACAUCUCGGACCUGGUCCCGGACUUGCAGACCAUCUUCUUCUGGAUGUCCAACUCCAUCGAGAUCCUCUACUUCAUUCAGCAGAGGGCGCCGUCGUACACGCACAACAUGGAGACGCUGCAAGGCUCCAAAGAGUCUCUGCUGUCGGCGACCAUCUCGGCCAACGAGGAGGCCAUGAGCAUCUUGGAGGAGGUCAUCAUGUACACCUUCCAGCAGUGCGUCUACUACAUCACCAAGGCUCUGUACGUGGUCCUGCCUGCUCUCCUGGACUGUAACCCCUUUCCGGUGGACAGCUCGGAACCAUGCUGGAAGGGAGGCUUCGGAUUCCCAGAGCCGGUCCGCAGGGUCCUACAGGUGUUCCAGAGUGCCCAGGAGCUGCUGCGGGCUUUCCAGGUCCACCCGGAGAUCCAGGCGCAGAUGUUUGCCUACCUCUUCUUCUUCUCCAACGUGUCACUCUUCAACCAGCUGAUGGAUAAAGGUCCGUCGCGUGGCUGGUUCCAGCGUUCCAAAGUUCUGCAGAUGCAAGCGUGUCUGCGGAUGGUGACGGAAUGGGCCCGCAAGUCGUCCUGGGGACAUCUGGCGGACAAAUUCUUCAGCAAACUCAACAGCGCCGUUGCCGUCCUGGCCACGCCGCCGCAGCAGCUCACGCAGAUGAGCUGGCGAGUGUUAUCCGGCGAGCACUCGUCCCUGAAGCCGGUGCAGCUGCACAGGAUCCUGACCCAAUACCAGAUCACCGCAGACACCGGACCCGUGCCCGCCUGGCAGCCCGCCAGCGAGGACGAGGCCUACAUCUACCGCACAGUGGACCUCCUGGAGAGCUUUGAGAACCACCCUCCCAUCGUGCUGCCCAGCGGCGGCUUCGGCGUGGACCUGGACGCCGAACGCGUGGAAGACAGCGUCUACCGACAGCUGCUCUACGUACGACACUUCCUUUGGGGCCUGCGUGCCAAGACGCACGCCACGCUCGCUAACGGCAACAACAACAAUGCGGCCGAUGUUCAGAGGGAGUUGCUGCCCCUGCCCUUGACGCACGGCAGCCCACGCUCAGCCUCCGGCGACGGCGAGCAAGAAAACGGCCGUGGCCAAACGCAGAGUUUCCGAAGGAAUGGGUGCGGCGCCCAACAACAGCAACACCAUCUUCAUCAUCUUCAACCUCACCCCCAGCACCCGCCCACCACAACGGGCUACUCCGAGGGAGGGGGCGCAGCCCCGCAGGUGAACGGAUGUGGCAAAAAGGCCAAUGGAUUCAUCGCUAACGGCAUGGAAGGCUGUGUUACUCGUGGCUGUGAUUUCCCCUUCCCCAUGUGGUCCUCGUCCCCGGGUGCCCCCCCCAUUCCUGAUGACAUGUGUGUGGUGUUUGUAGUGGAACUGGACAAAGGACCGUACGGACUCGGCAUGGGACUCAUCGACGGCCUGCACACGCCCCUCAACGCCCCGGGCAUCUACAUCCGCACGCUCAUCCCCGACGGGCCGGCGGCAUCCGAUGGCCGGCUGAGGAUUGGCGAUCGGAUCCUGGCCGUCAACGGGACCAGCCUGAUCGGAGCCGACUACCAGAGUGCGGUGGAUCUAAUCCGCCUGGGAGGGGGUCGCCUCCGCUUCCUGGUGGCCAAGUCGAACCCGGAAGUGUCGGAAAAGAUCAGCGCCUCUUCCUGCUGACGAGACGGACGGACGGGCCGAGCGAGCUGUCAAUCUAUCGGCCUCCGGUCGGGAAAGUGACAGUAAUCGCUUGCAGGAUGGGGGCGGGGGGCGGGGCAAACAUUCUUACUUCCGCUUAUCGUUUGGCUGAUUCGCUGACGUUCUGCCUCGUUUGCUCGUGACGUGGACGGUGGCUAUGAUGUCAUCACUAUGGGACACAUGAACUCUUUGAUAUUUUUUUGUUCCACUUUUAUCGUUAGGGCCAAAGAAGAUUCUGCAAGUGCAUGCAUGCCGAUGAAAAGUCACUCAAGUCGCCCCCCCGCUCACCCACAAAAAAAAAGUUCCAGACAAGUUUUGCGAAUCAACCCAUAACUUGGUGGACAAAAAUAUAUA